CAGGUAUGUGCAAAGGCAGGUAGAGAUCAUCCAAUAAAAAAACAAAUUUCAGGUUUCAUGUUCAGGUUAUUUACAAGCAUACGUGUAAAGUUUCAGACGAGCACGGCGAAAGAUUUCACCAGCAAAUUGCUCAGAUGGAGAAGCGCUAUAGUGGAAAAUGUGGACACCAAACAUGCUGGCGGACUACUGGACCAUUAAACUUGAAACUGGAGAAUAACAAGCGGAAAAAGACUACCAAAUGAAUUGUCUGAUUGUUUUGUUAUAUCGUAAGAAGUAUAUUUUCUAAAAAAGUG